AUGCUACAUUAAUGUCUGGGGCUGCAAAAUGGCACUUCUGCAUCCAAAUGGAACAGAGACUGGUAUAUCUGUUGACCAGCAGAGACUGGCUGUCGUCCUAGUCCUGAGGCGCCUGUGAUCUGGGACUAUGGGGUAAAUGAGGAAGAUAGGCCCCUACUUUACUGCCUUAGGAACCUGGGAGGCAUGCGGCCUCUUUCUUGCAUUUGGUUAAGCUUUGGGAACCCUGACUUCGGCCUGGGUGAGGGUUGGCCCAGAAAGAAGAGAAGCUGAGGGAAGGUCCUGGCCUCCCUUUAUGUGAAGUUGCACUAAUUGAGCAGCUGAGAGUGAGCACACCUACAGUCACCAAUGACUCAGACAGCUGGGAUUCAUGUGGAAACAGGAUGUGUGCACCCCGGCAGGGGAGGGGCAACUGGGAGGAAGAAUCCCAGCGUUCAUAGAAGUCCAAUGUCUAGACGCUCCAGUCUGAAUACAGGUGUUCAGGGUGUAUACAGACCAGGUCCUUCUGACCAGGUCUAUACAGAGUGCUGAGAAGAGGGCUCCAGGUCCAAUCAGGAAAUAGCUACCCUACCCCUAGGCUGACUGCCUUGGGCCUAGAAAACCUGGGCUCUCACUGGAAGGUUUCCCUCAAAAGGGGCCAAUCCGGGCCCAGAGAGGAGCCUCCUCCAGCCCCAGGGUAGGGGCAGGGCGUCCUGUGGCUACGCCCAUCAGCGGGAGGUGUUAGCAGACGGAGCGAAGGACCCAGACCUGUCGACCUGCCCUGCCCAAGCUAGCAGCUGCCAUCCAUGGGGAACAGCCACUGCGUCCCUCAGACCCCCAGGAGGCUACGGGCCUCCUUUUCCAGAAAGCCCUCGCUCAAGGGAAACAGAGAAGACAGCGCCAGGAAGCUGGCUGGCCUGUUUGGCACCGAGGCUAGGCCUGAUGGGGACACCGCAGCUAACAAGAUCUUCCACUACAUCCCUGGGACGGACAUCCUGGGCCCAGAAAAUCAUCCAGAAAACCUGGAACAGCCAUUCCUGAGUGUAUUCAAAAAAGGGUGGCGGAGGACACCUGUGAGGAACCUAGGCAAGGUGGUGCACUAUUCCAAGGUUCAGCUACGGUUCCAGCACAGCCAGGACAUCAGUGACUGCUAUCUGGAACUGUUCCCCUCCCACCUGUACUUCCAGGCCCAUGGUUCUGAAGGACUUACAUUCCAGGGGCUGCUACCACUGACGGAAUUGAGCAUCUGCCCGAUUGAUGGGUCCAGAGAGCAUGCCUUCCAGAUUACAGGCCCACUGCCUGCCCCACUCCUUGUUCUCUGCCGCAGUGAGGCCGAGCUCAGCCAUUGGCUCUACCACCUGGAAAAGCAAAUGGCUCUCCUGGGUCUGCGGCGAUGCCACUCAGCACCCCCACAGGGUUCUCUGGGAGAUAAACUCCCCUGGACCCAGCUAUGCCGAGCACACGGGUUUGAACCCAUGAGCAGCGCAAUCUGUGCCUCAAGGGUCAAGCUGCAGCAUCUGCCCUCCCAGGAGCAGUGGGACCGGCUUCUGGUACUGUACCCAGCAUCCCUGGCCAUCUUCUCUGAGGAGCCAGAAGGCCUUAACUUUAAGGGAGAGCUUCCACUAAGUGCCAUCCAUAUCAACUUAGAAGAGAAGGAAAAAGAGAUCCGCUCCUUUCUCAUCGAAGGCCGCCUCAUCAACACCAUCCGAGUGGUAUGUGCCAGUUAUGAGGAUUACAGUCAAUGGCUGCUGUGCCUCAGGACGGUCUCUCACAGGGAUGGGGCCCACCCGCUGCCUGGCCCAGAGAGUUUCCCAGGACUACAGAGACCCACACAGGUUUUAGGUAGAGGCCGAGGUUCACUCUCUUCCAAUGGACGAACCAGCCGGAAAUUAGAGUGUCCAGUGUUCCCUACCAGCCAAUCCCUCCCUGAGCCCUCAGUGCCAACCACCAUAGGUGUCCCUGCCCAUCCUGUACCUAACCAGACCAACUCUAACUGUGUCAGCACUGGCCAAAAGAAGAUAGAGCUGAGGCACAGUGGCAGUAGCCAGUCCCCCAGGGGCAAAGCUCAAAGAGAAGUAUCUGGCUCAACUGCCCCACUGCCCCUGCACCUGGACCUGACGAAGAUGAGUGUCCUGAACCUAGAUAGUGGCCCAGAGGCUCAGGAUUGCUCUCCAGACAUUCCACACUCCCCGCUCUAUGCUGAUCCCUACACACCACCAGCUAUAGCUCACCACAAGAUUACAGACAUCCAAGGCCUGGAUGAGCAGUUCCUCUGUGCGGUACAGACAUCACCUGGACCUGAACUAUCAAGCCCGUUCCCCUCAGUCUCUGUGUCUGUGCCUGUCUCUGACUCCAACUCUGGAAUCUCCAGCUCCCCCCGGCCUCUGGGCUCACAUUUGCUCUCCAAGAAAGGAGCCCUGCAGUCCAGAGCUUCCCAGAGACACCGGGGUUCCAUCAAGAGCAGGGCCCCACAGCCCUCAGACUUCCCUCAGCUUGUCACACCUGCCAGAGAAGGUACACCCAGUUCCCUGCCACCUCCCCCAGAUGAAGAGGCUCCUAUCUGGAACAAGACUUCCUCUCCCUCCCACCAGAAGUGGUCACAUCCCAGGAAGCCUGCGGUGGAAGGGGGAUUCAUCCAGUGGAUCUGAUGGCCCCCAAGUGAGCUGCUGCUUCUCAAAAAACACAACCAGCCAGCACCAACCGGGAUAAGAGUUCGACCAGUCCUUUGACUUAUAUUAAACACACCAGGGCCUAACCCCAUCAGGUCGAGGGUGUUUCUGGAAUUUUGAGGAUAGAGGCACCUCUCACCAGGCUCUAGCUCCUCAGCUUUAGCAGCUGGAACAAAUGAAAGGAGGUAACCCUAGGAACGAACCAGUGAGGGACAUCAGUAAGAUUCUGUACAACCCCAGAAGCUUUACCUCUAGGGGGAGAGGGGGAGGUGCUAGUGCAGGUCUUUACUUAGAAGUGGGGAACAGCAUGAGUGUGAAGUACAGAGCGCUGAAAAAGUCAGGUUGUCAAACCCAGCCUGUGAAGCCAGAAGGCGUGAGGGUCAGAGAUCAGCAGGGUGAGAGCUAUUACAAGAAGCAAAGGAGUAUAGGAAAAGCCAGUACUGUUGGGUGCACAGGGUAAGGUUGGUCAGAAAAAUUAACACCAUAAACAAGAAAGAGAUUUUA